AUGGAAGCACUUUGUGUCAGUAUUGUUGAACUACUUGGUAAUGGCCCAUUUCUAUUUGAACGUAGUACACCUGGGAAGGUUGAUGCCCUUUUGUAUGGACAUUGGACUGUAUUUUGCGAGUUUUCAGAAUAUUUCGUUUCACUAAAACCUGUUUUAGAUAAAUAUCCCGCUAUCAGCGAUCUUAUCAAGCGUGUUGCUGAAAUAUGUGAUCAACCGCUUAGUUGUAAAUAA